GAAUAGAUGGAAAGCUCGGCGCCUGGGCGUGGCCCGCCUGGGGUUGGGCCUGACUGAGCGGCCAAACGCAGGCGCCAUGGAGGAGUACGCUCGGGAACCUUGCCCAUGGCGAAUUGUGGAUGAUUGUGGUGGAGCGUUCACAAUGGGUGUCAUCGGAGGCGGAGUCUUCCAAGCCAUCAAGGGCUUCCGCAAUGCUCCUGUUGGGAUUCGGCACCGAUUGAGAGGUAGUGUCAACGCUGUGAGGAUCCGAGCCCCCCAGAUUGGAGGUAGCUUCGCCGUGUGGGGGGGGCUCUUCUCUACUAUUGACUGUGGCCUGGAGCGGCUACGGGGCAAGGAGGACCCCUGGAACUCCAUCACUAGUGGUGCACUGACCGGGGCUGUGCUGGCUGCCCGCAGUGGCCCACUGGCCAUGGUGGGCUCAGCGAUGAUGGGAGGCAUCCUGUUGGCCCUCAUCGAGGGUGUUGGCAUUCUCCUCACUCGCUACACCUCCCAGCAGUUCCACAAUGCACCCCCAUUCAUGGAGGACCCCAGCCAGCUCCCCACCAAGGAGGGUGCCCCUGCUUCUGGCUAUCCCAACUAUCAGCAAUACCACUGAGGAAGCAACUGCCUAACACCGCCACCGCCUGGGGAGCUGUUCCUCAGUUCCCUCCCCGGUGAUCUACCUCGAAGGGAGGGCUGGCUCCCGGUUAGCCCUGGGACCCUCCAGAGAGGGCCUCUGCUUGGAGCUCUGGUCCCAGGGCGGGGGUGGGGCACCCAGCUGCUCUGACAGAUGGGUCCCCUUUGUCUCUCUCAGGGCACCCCAGCCCCACACUCAUAUGUAACAGGCUCUCACCCCAGCUCCUUUGUGUGGCACCCUUUUGAGUAUUUAAAGCGAGUUUCGAAA